GCGUUUAGCUAUAUUUACCACCUUGAUUGUGGGUUUGAUGGGGUCGGUCGUCGCCACAAAACAACCCAACAUUGUCUACAUCAUGGCGGACGACUUUGGAUUUAAUGACAUCGGAUAUCACAACCCAGAUAUUUUUACGCCGAAUUUGGACAAGCUGGCAAGUUCUGGAGUGAAGCUGGAAAACUAUUAUGUUCAACCUGUCUGCACACCGAGUAGAAGUCAACUUAUGACUGGAAGAUACCAAAUCCACACUGGUCUGCAGCAUAGUGUAAUCUUUGCACCUCAGAAGUUAUGUCUUCCAUUAGAUGAAGUAACUUUGCCCCAGAAGCUGAAAGAAGUUGGCUACAAAACUCAUAUUGUUGGCAAAUGGCAUCUUGGGUUUUAUAGAAAGGAAUGUUUACCGACUUAUAGAGGAUUUGAUAGUCAUUAUGGUUACUACUGUGGUAAUGAAGAUUACAACCUGAAAACAGUUUGUGGAUUUUUCCAUGGUUGGAAACACAGUGGAAAAUACUGUGGUUUUGAUUUCCAUGACGAUGAAAAACCGGCCUGGUCAGCUAACGGAACUUACUCUACGUUUUUAUAUGGUCAACGUGCAAGAGAGGUCAUUAUAAACCAUAACCAGAGUCAGCCUUUAUUUCUCUACCUACCAUUUCAAUCAGUUCAUUUCCCAUUGCAAGCCCCAGAUGAUUAUAUCAAACUGUAUUCCCAUAUUCAAGACCCUCACAGACGCGUUUACUCAGCAAUGGUCACAGUAAUGGAUGAUAUGGUAGGCCUCGUCGCAGAGACUUUACAAGAGAUGGGAAUGAUGGAUGAGACAUUGAUUGUAUUCAGCACAGAUAAUGGAGGUCAAACAUUAUAUGGAGGCAAUAACUGGCCACUACGUGGCAGAAAAGAAUCUUUAUGGGAAGGUGGAAUACGGGGGGUUGGAUUUGUGACUGGCUAUGGCGUUCAAAACCCUGGUAGAGUCAGUAGAGGACUAUUUCAUGUAUCAGACUGGUUUCCUACUCUAUUGAAUAUUGCUGGUGGAAAUACAAAUGGUACGAAACCACUAGAUGGAGUAAAUGUAUGGAACGCUAUCGCGGAUCCUGAUAGUUCUUCUCCAAGAACAGAAAUUCUCCACAAUAUAGAGCCAAUGUUUAAAAGACCUUACGGGUUGAAUCCAAAGCUGAAGCCGUUUCCUAAUAAACAUGGAAUUGACACAGUGAAAGGCCACACUGCAUUGAGAAUCGGAAAAUGGAAACUACAUACUGGAGAUCCAGGUCAUGACACGUGGAACCCUGCACCUCAGCUCUAUCUCACUCAAGAAGUAGAUUUAUCUUGCGAAAUGGAUUCGGAGAAUUUGGCUGAGUGUGGUUUGUUCCCAACUAUAGAUGAUUCUAGUGUCAGGUUGUAUGAUAUAGAGGCGGACCCUGAAGAAAGAUCGAAUAUGGCAAGCUAUUUCCCACACGUCGUGGACAGCAUGUUGGAGCGACUAGCUGAAUAUAACGCUACUGCAGUUCCAGUACUUUGGCCACCUCCGGAUGACAAUUGUGAUCCUUCGCUCAGGGGAGGAGUCUGGGGUCCUUGGGUCGAUUAGCAAAGAUUGUUUGUGGUUUAAAGCAGUUUAAGAUAAAGAGUGCAAUUUGAAUGUAAAAGAAAAUUUUGAUAUGCAAUGUGAAGGUCCUAGUUUACAAUUUUUCAUCCCACGAAUUUUACCAAACUUAACGGCACCAGUAUAAUCUAAUCCUAAAUGUCAUAUAAAUCCACAUGUAUUCAUCCACUUAAAUAUAAUGUGAUAUACCAGGGAUGGCGAACCUUUUUCAAUGAAUGGGUCAAAAAUGAUAUUUUUAUCACGGAACGGAAGAGUGUGGGUCACAGAUAUUCAAUCAAUGUUUGUAUUUAUACGAAACUUGCUGCUGCAUCCUAUCUUGCAAACCUUAUGAGCUUCAGUUGGUGUUGUUUAGUUUUGGGCUUUUUUAUGCCACAAUUCUACCAGGCCUACUGCUACUAGACUCAUUAUGGCACACAAUUUUUAUGAAAUUCGUGUACUAAAACACACACAUGAAUUACCAAAAAAACGUUUGGUAUUAUGCUGCAAAUUAUUUUACGGUUUCAAAGAGUUUGGAGGAAAUUCCACUCUGACAGAUUUAUAUUUUUCGAUUGGCUUUUAACCACAAUAAGGCACUUUCACACUUUCUUUAUUUUAAGUCUAAAAAAUUUUGUUUCCCAACGGCAUUGUAGGCGAGAAUCCAAUAAAAUGCAAAGUAACAUCUGGUUCUCAUAUAUCCCCCCAAAACAAUCUGCAGUCUGCCUUUCGGUUUUAAAUUUUCGAAAUGGAUCGCUGUAACAAGACGUGGCGAAAUAUGAACAGAUCAAUUGUAUUAUUAUGUCAUAAACGAUGUCACAGCCAAUAGCUGCAUAACAGUAUACAGGGGUGCAGACGUGCGUUCAAGAUUGGGAGUUUUUAAAAUCAUCAUAUCGACCCGAAAAUUUGAGUUUGAGCUAUCGCUUCCCUUGAUGCCCAGCUGAUGGUAAAUUAUAAUAGUUUGCUUAUUGUUAAAUUUAUUUAGAGCCGGUUUUAUCAAUUUUUAUCACUAAUAUGUUUUUAUUUAAUUCGUGCCUUGGGGGGGUCACCGAAAGAGUGUGGUGGGUCACAGUGGUUCGCCAUCCCUGUUAUAUAU